UACUGUUCUCACCCAAUACUGUUGCAUAGUGUCACAGUGUCUGUGUGUGUGUGUGUUUGUGUGUGCGUGUGCGUCAGCGAGUGUACGUGAGUGCGUGAGUGAAGCAUGGAGGUGCUGAAGAAAGACGCCGCCCUGGGCUCGCCCAGCAGCGUCUUCUAUCUGCUGCUGCUGCCCACAUUGGUGCUCUGGUACACCUAUUGGCGCCUCUCACGCGCCCAUCUCUAUAAGCUGGCCGCCCGGCUGCCCGGACCUCGCGGUCUCCCCAUUGUGGGGCAUCUGUUCGAUGUGAUUGGACCCGCCUCAUCUGUCUUCAAGACGGUGAUUAGGAAGAGCACACCGUUUGAGCAUAUUGCCAAAAUGUGGAUUGGACCCAAGCUGGUGGUGUUCAUCUAUGAUCCGCGGGAUGUCGAACUGUUGCUCAGCAGCCACGUGUACAUCGACAAGGCAUCCGAGUACAAGUUCUUUAAGCCUUGGCUGGGCGAUGGUCUGCUCAUCAGCACAGGUCAAAAGUGGCGCGCGCAUCGCAAACUAAUCGCACCCACAUUCCAUUUGAAUGUCUUAAAGAGUUUCAUAGAAUUGUUUAACGAGAACUCGCGGAAUGUGGUGCGGAAACUGCGUGCAGAGGAUGGACGCACAUUUGAUUGUCAUGAUUACAUGAGUGAGGCAACUGUGGAGAUUCUAUUGGAGACCGCCAUGGGCGUAUCGAAGAAGACGCAGGACAAGUCGGGCUUCGAGUAUGCGAUGGCCGUGAUGCGCAUGUGCGACAUUCUUCAUGCCCGGCAUCGCAGCAUCUUUUUGCGGAAUGAGUUCAUCUUUACGCUCACGCGAUACUACAAGGAACAGGGACGUCUGCUUAACAUCAUCCACGGCCUGACCACGAAGGUCAUACGCAGCAAGAAGGCGGCCUUCGAGCAGGGCACACGUGGCUCCCUCGCCCAAAGCGAACUCAAGGCGGCUGCCCUCGAGCAGGAGGAGCGCGAGCUACGCGAACAGCAGGAGCAAAAGCAGCAACAGCAGCAGCAACAGCAACAGCCGCAGACAAAGACGGAGCAGGGGGGAACACCGGUGGCGGGAUUGUCGUACGGUCAGUCGGCGGGCCUUAAGGAUGACCUCGAUGUGGAGGACAAUGAUAUUGGGGAAAAGAAACGUUUGGCCUUCCUCGAUCUGAUGCUGGAGAGCGCCCAGAAUGGCGCCCUCAUUACGGACACGGAAAUCAAAGAGCAGGUGGAUACCAUAAUGUUCGAGGGACACGAUACGACAGCGGCGGGUUCGUCGUUCUUUUUGUCGCUGAUGGGCAUACAUCAGGAGAUACAGGAUCGUGUGAUUGCCGAGCUCGAUGGCAUCUUUGGUGACUCACAGCGACCGGCGACAUUCCAGGACACGCUCGAGAUGAAGUAUCUGGAACGCUGCCUCAUGGAGACGUUGCGCAUGUUCCCCCCGGUGCCGUUGAUAGCACGCGAACUGCAGGAGGAUCUGAAAUUGAAUUCGGGACCGUAUGUUAUACCGCGUGGCGCCACGGUGACGGUGGCCACCAUUUUGUUGCAUCGCAAUCGCAAGGUCUACGAGAAUCCCAAUGUCUUUGAUCCCGAUAACUUUUUGCCCGAACGCCAGGCGAAUCGACAUUAUUAUGCCUUUGUGCCCUUCUCGGCGGGACCACGCAGCUGUGUGGGUCGCAAGUACGCAAUGCUCAAACUGAAGAUUCUGCUGUCGACCAUCAUGCGCAACUAUCGUGUCUAUUCGGACCUCAGCGAAUCGGACUUUAGGCUGCAGGCGGACAUCAUACUGAAGCGCGAGGAGGGCUUCCGUGUGCGUCUCCAGCCCCGACAGCCAGGACAGGCGACCACAACCGCGGUCAGCACGGCAGCAUCAUAAACUUAUGCAUAUUUUACUUUUCCAAGUGAUAGUCCCGGUUUAUACAGUAAUACAUACAUAAUAAUAAUAAUAAUAUUAAUAAUAAUAAAUAAACAAUACAGACACACACACACACACAACACAGACAGACACCUACACACUCACACACACAACACUACUAAAGAGCGUAGCUUGUAAUUCUUAUCGAUAAUUAUUAUUUGUUUAUCGUAACAAUUUUCAAGCGCUGCAUUUAAAGUUUAACACAACACACACACAAACACUCUCACACACUCACACAAACACUCACACUGAAACACACAUAGACCCAGAAGAACAACAACAACAACAACCACAAACCAACAACAAUUAAUUAUUUCUUUUUUUUUUUUGUGUAUUUAAUAAUAAUAUGUGUAAUGUUUUGACAAUAUAUUUGGUGUAAUAUUUUGAAUGGC